AUGCUGGCCGACAAUGCCAUCAACGCAGAUGCCAGUCUUCAGGUAUACUCGGUGGACACACUCUACGCUGACGAAGGUGACCAAGCCCGGUGGUGGUCCCUGGUCAACAACUUUGAGUCCGCUGGCCUAAAAAUGGGUGAUGCUGUCCGAGUGAGUGGUCUCAACCCAGAAGGAUUUCUGAAAGUACUGCAGAGCGGUGGCAAUGCCGAGGAUAAAUUUCUUCCGGCAUUCAUGCUGCAGGAGGAAGUUAUUCGGUUGGCUUAA